AUGAAUGAACCCCGUCGCUAUGGUCCUCCUCCCAGACAACCUCGGCAAUAUCCUGUAGUACUUGAGCUCUUGGAGGCUCGUGCAAACAAAAAACUUGUGGAAGAAUACAAACCGGAUAUAUGUGAUGCUCUUGCCCACUUGGAAGCUUCCAGUGAUAUCAACCCAGCCAUGAUUGAUUUGCAACCGGAAAUUCAAUGGUUUAUGCGUCCCUUUCUUCUCGACUUCAUCGUGGAACUUCAUGCGUCUUUCAAACUUCAACCCCAAACUCUCUUUCGGUGUUUCAACGUCGUUGAUCGAUAUUGCGCCAAGAGAAUCGUGUUCAAGCGCCACUACCAGUUGGUGGGGUGCACGGCUUUGUGGAUCGCUGCCAAAUACGAGGACAAAAAGUCUCGGGUGCCUACUCUCAAAGAAUUGUCGAUUAUGUGCCGCAACGCUUACGAUGAAGAAAUGUUCGUGCAGAUGGAAAGACACAUCUUGUCGACAUUGGAAUGGGCGCUUGGUCGUCCCACACUUGAGGAAUGCCUCCAACUUUCCGUACAAUACUUCAUCGAAGACGCCGAGGGAACUCCGCAGCGCUACACCCGCCAGAAUUCAGACGGUCCCAACUCGCUCAAUUCGGCAGUGACAGCAGUGACCCGCUUCCUCUGUGAGCUCUCAUUAUACCACCGCGACUUCCUCGAGUUUCAAACGUCGCAGGUGGCCGCUACUGCCAAUGUCAUUGCGUGCUCCAUGCUCCAAAUUCCCAACGCCGCAAGACAAUUGGAACGUAUGAUUGCUCUGCUCCGGCGCCAGCAACCCUCCAACGAAAACCUGAGUCCUGAAGUCGUGGGUGCGUUUUUGAGUGGAUUUGACAAUGGAACAAUCGACAAUCUUCGCAAAAUCACCCUUUUAUUCGCAUACGCAUUAAAAAACAUCACCGAUGUGUUGUCGACCAAGUACAAGGCGCUUGGUGUCCUCCAGGUGGUUCAGAACUUUAUCAUACGUAACAGCGCACUUACGGAAACAUUAGGUGACGACUUUAAUCCUUCUGAUGCCUCCAUGACUGCAGUAGCUGAUUAUUUCUUGGGAUUGACUUAUGUCACUGGACCCAAGAGAAAUUCUCUCAGCAUCGACAACAUGACCCCAAUCACCCCACCAUCCACAUCGAGAUCAAUUUUCUCAGAAGUGCCAUCCUCAUCACCUCCUUUGCAUACACCGGGACUGGGCCAGUUAUAUGCGUAUACGCCCAAGCAAAUUUCGCCCCAAAUCGCUUCCAACUUUGCAUACUACCCUUAA